AUGAUUCCCAAUUUCUCCGUUCCUUCUCCCGGUCUGAGCCGCGAUGUUUCCGGCGGCAGCACCAUCUCCACCGGCAACAGCAAGCGUCGCAGCAGUGGCACCUUUAAAAAGUUGAGUUUCAACAAGAAGAAUCUCUGUUCGGUUUCCUUUGGCGGUGUGGAGCAACGCGAGAUUGCCCACAUUCCCUACGAGUGCGCCUACGAUGUCUACUACACCGCCUUGGAACUCAAGGAACUGCGCCGAGAAGAAGUGAUUGCCGUCCGUCGUGCCAUGGCCAACAGUGACGACGGUCAAGACAUGGAAAGCGACGAACUCACAUGGCGUGGCAUUGAAGACUUUCGCGAUGGGACCAACAAGAUGGAACGGUCCAUGAUGCAUACCCUCAAUGUCUUGAAGGAAUUCCACACCCAACAGAAUUCGGGAUUCUCGGAUACCCAUCAACUCCGACAAAUCAGCAAGCAACUCUCCCGACAAGAUCGUCAAAACGCGCAAAACAGAGGCGCCAGCGAUGCGCAAGCCGUCGGAUACAAGGUCAAGCGAUCGUCCUCGAUGGCCUCGUUCAAGACAAAGCUGCAAGCACCCUUCUCUGCCCUCCUCAAUAAGGGACAGGCAUCUGUCUCCUUCAAAGUCAACAUGGCUCCUCCUGCUUGCUAG